AUGGCUGGUCGCAGCGGGACGCUCUCUCCCAUCUCCGUCGACAGCGCCAACGAUUGGUCUCCUGUUUCGAAAUACAACGGUCCCGAUAGCUCCUAUUCGCCCAGCGUGCCUCCAACGCCGCGGAAUCAGCUCAUCACGCCGCCAACUUCCGUUACCAGCUCGACUGACGGCAUGAUUCCCAAUGGCCUCGGCCGCCCUCCAACGUCGAACGGUCAACCCUCACCACCCAGCUCCAUCGCCCGAUCCAGCACCGGCGAUGGCCUGUACGCCUCAAGCGUCCGGGAUCGGGAGAGCAUAAGUAGCCGCAAGGCUAUGAUGAUCGAGGACUCGCUGGCAGAACACUACCGCGUCUUGAAGAUUUACCUCGGUCGUUACCUGCUCGAUGAGAAGGGUAACCUGCGGCCGAAUCGCGCUAGGGACAAGCUACUUCGCCUCUCGUCUGUCCAGUUCCAAGAGCUAAGCACUGACGUCUACGAUGAAUCGCUUCGCCGCGAAGACGAACGCAAGCAAGGCGGCCCCAAUGCGCCGGGAAAUGACACCCCCACAUUUCUCCCGCCCAAGGACAACUACCAUCCAAAGCGCAACCAAGCCCGUCAAAAACUCUCAACACUUCCCAUCGACCGCUUCCGCCAGCUCGCAACCGAUGUCUUCUACGAAUUGGAGCGCCGCUUUCCGCGAUUCCGGGGUGAUGAGAUUGAGCGCGCACCAAGCCCUACAGGUAGCAUAGCUAGCACCCGGAGUCGCGGUCCCGGGAGGGGCCCAAUACCAAGCACUGGAAGCAUGGGCAGAGGGCCUCCGCCUCCAGGUUACCGUGGACCUCCUCCCGGCCCGGGCUAUCGAGGUCCUCCCGGCCCUCGGGGCCCUCCUGGUCCUCGGGGCCCUCCCGGCCCGGGCGGCGAGUUUGGGCGUCCCUUGCCAAAGACGUUUCAACAAAAUACAAUCGUACCGAACAAAGGAACCAUGGUUGAGGAUGAUGAUGACAACAGCGGGUUGGAAGACGACGACGAUGACGACGCGUUUGGCCUCGAAGAUGCGGCAAGAAGAUCUAGCAAGCGGACUACGAACAAGAGCAUGGGCAAUGAAAAACUCAUAGCGGACCUUACAGCCCAAGUCGAGGAGUUGCAGGAGAAAGCUGAAGACCUAGAAAAUCAAUUGAGAGAACGCGACGAGGAGGUCGAACAGCUCAGGAGUGGGGGAAAUGCUACGGAAGGCGACAAAACGGAUCAAGACCUGAAACGGGAAUUGGAAGAGGCGCAAAGCUUGAAUGAUUCUCUGAGAUCCGAGUUGGAAAAGACUCGCAACGACGCAUCAGAAGCUGAACGCGAACUCCGCGCCCGGCUUGAGGAAGUCGAGCGCAAUGGCAAUUCUGGCGGCUCCGAAGACAACGACUGGGCGCAAAGAUACAAGCAAUUGGAACGAGAACUCGAGGAGCAACAGAAAGUCACCGACGAAGUCCGCAGGGAAGCGUCACAAUUCUUGCAAGAAAUGCGGGCGCUCUCAGAGCGAAGCAAUGCGUCUCUGGAGAAGGAAGAAGGGCUUGUGGCCGAGAUCGCAAGGCUGGAAGCCGAGGUCAAAGAAUGGAAGACGCGAUACGCCCGCUCGAAGACGCAGGUUCGCCAUCUGCGAGCUUCAUCAACUGGCCUCGCAAAUUUCACGGAGGACGCCUCGGCUUAUGCCCGGGACGGCACCCUUGUGCAGCCUGACGGUCUGAUUAAGGAUGUCCAUCUCACAAAAUUCCAGCUCAGCAUCGAUCAAUUGCUGCAGGCUGCUCGCAAGUCAGAGGCUGACGCCGUUCUCGACUGUAUGAAGGACACUGUCUCCUGCGUCAGAAGCAUCACCGCAGAUGUCGAUGCUGCCGGGUCUCCUACGAGCGAUGACGGUGAGGAUUCCGUCAAGAAGCAGCACAAGCUCAAAUCUCGUGUAUCUGCUACUGCGAACAACCUCAUCACUGCCUCCAAAAACCACGCAGCAGCGCAGGGGCUUUCUCCUGUCUCUUUGCUCGAUGCCGCGGCGUCUCAUUUGACGACUUCCAUUGUCGAGCUCGCAAAGGUGGUCAGAAUUAGGCCCACUCAGCCCGGUGAGGAAGACUACGAGAACAUCGACGUAAGGUCCAGUCGUCUCAGCGCGAACUAUUACAGCAAUGGCGCCAGGCAUACCAGAAAUGGCAGCAGCGUCAGCAUCGAUUCCGCAAGGUACAGUCGCAGUGCCGCGAGCUCCCCGCGCCCUUGGUCGAUGCGUCGAUCUGAAGGUCCUAACGGGCUCUUGAAAGGCUCCAAUAUUAACACUGUUCGCGAAAGCAGCGGCCUCGAGGAGAUAAAGAAUUACCUGGAAGAUCAAACAACCGACCUCGUGAACAGCAUCCAACCUCUUGUCCAAGAAAUUCGAAGCACUCCCGCCGGAGCCCCCUUUCCUCCUCAAUCUGAGCAAAACAUCGAACACCACAUCAACGACAUCAAUCGCACGGUCUACGACAUUGGCAUCAAGACUCGCGAGGCCGUGAACAACACUCGCAACAGCGCACUAGCCAAACACGCCACGCCCGUCGUUGAUCUGCUUGAGGACUGCCGUGGAGCGCUCCUGUCUGCGCUGCAGGAUGAUGAAGCUGGUAAGAGGGAGAAAAUCCCCCCUCUAGCUUUCAAGAUCGCACGAGCGACCAAGGAACUCGUCCUACGUGUUGAGAGGAUUGAGAAUCGCGAGCUGACGGCUGAUAUGACCGUUUCGAAUGAACUCUAA